AUGCUGCCCAAGCUUUCCUCCCUCCUCGCCAUCCCGGCUCUGCUGGCCGUGACGGUCGUGGCCGCACCCGCCAUUGAAGUACCCGCCGCCCUUGCCCCACGAGCCGCGUGCCCGACGACCUCUCGCUGGCUCUCGUGGUCUUACUCGACGACAUGGCUUGCCACGACCACCGUGACGAACGGCGUGUCAUCUCUCGGCUCCGUCACUUCCACCAAGACUGAGGAGGAGACUCGCACCAUCAACACCAGGACCACCGUCUUCUCUCCGGCGGUCACGACACUCCCGGCCAUCACCUUGACCCCCACGGUAGCCUACGAGACUCUCACGGCUACGUGGUACACCGUCACCGAGACGCUCACGUCCCCCGGCUAUGCGCCGACGUCGGUCUGCCAGGUGACGACGGUGACGCACACCAUCCCCAGCACGACGCACGUCACCAAUACCAUGCCUCUCUUCUACGACACGACGUGGACGAGCGAGGUCGGGCACGUGAGCACCGUCACCAACGUGCACUUCGCCACCGUCACGCACACCGACACCAAGGCCGGGUCGACGCACUACGCCACCACCGUCACCCGGCCGACGACGUUCACGACGGUGGAAAUCACGAUCGCGACCGAGACGGCGACCGUGUGGGAGAAGGGCUGCGAGUCGUACGCUUGCCAGCUGUAG